AAAACAAAAUAAGUUUCGCAUGUGUUACAGAAUUUACUAUUUCUUUCGUAUCCAAUAUCUUAUUACAAGAUAAUUCAUAAUUCGCUUAUUAUUGUCUUCUUAUAUAGAAUACAAUCACAAUAUUAUUAUAAUUAUAUUAUUUUGAAGAACUUUCAUUAAAUAUUAAUGUUGAUCAUUUCUAUUUAUGUAUAUCAGAAGAUAUUUAAGAUUUUUUAAUCCUCUUUUUCAGGUUAGUACCUAUAUCCAUCAAAUAAAUACUAGGAAGUAAAAAAAAUGGAAACAUCUGUUGACCAAACCCCAAAAAAAAGUAUAAAAGAAGGUAAAGCUGAAAUCUGCUUAACUACUGAGAAAGUAUUCUAUAACCCUGUGCAAGAAUUUAACAGAGAUUUAAGUAUAGCUGUACUUAGUGUGUUUACUGAUGACUAUAAGACUGAGAAACUUGCUAAGGCGGAGCUAAAAAAGAAAAGUAAAAAUAUUGGACAAGAGGAAUUCAUUUCGGAAGACUGUAAUAAUUCAGAGAUUGAAAUAACCAUCUUAGAAGCCCUAUCUGCAACAGGCCUAAGGAGCAUCCGUUACGCUAAGGAAGUGCCAAAUAUUACAAAAAUUGUUGCCAAUGACUUUUCCAUACAAGCCGUUGAAACAAUCAAGGCCAAUGUAGUUCAUAAUCAGGUGGAGAAAUUGAUUGAAACAAACCAUGAUGAUGCUUGCAUGCUUAUGUACAAACAUAAACACCCGACAAAGCGGUUUUCCGCCAUCGACCUGGACCCAUAUGGCUGUCCAUCUAUAUUCCUCGACGCGGCCGUACAGAGCGUCAGCGACGGGGGACUGUUACUCGUCACAGCUACAGACAUGGCGGUAUUGGCUGGUAACUCGCCCGAAACUUGCUACUGUAAAUAUGGUGCUGUCAGUUUGAAGACUAAAUGCUGCCAUGAAAUGGCUUUAAGGAUACUACUACAAUGUAUAGAGCAACAUGCAAAUAGAUACAGCCGCUACAUCGUUCCACUUCUGAGUAUAUCAGCAGAUUUUUACAUCAGAGUCUUUGUCAAAAUUUACUCAGGAGCUAUACACUGCAAGAAGACUACCAGCAAGCUGUCAAUGGUGUACCACUGCGUGGGUUGCGACCACAUAACCCUACAACCGCUUGGUGGCUUCAAACCCAACCCCAGUGAAAAAAACCCAGAUCAAAUGAAGGCAUACUUACCUGCCGCGCCGACAGUCGGCGAAUAUUGCGUACAUUGCAAUCAGAGGCAUCAUCUUGGUGGUCCAAUCUGGUCAGCGCCCAUACACGAUGAAGCCUUCGUAUCCAGGGUUCUAAUGCACGUGCAAGGCCACCCUGAACUGUUUGGUACAGCAAAGAGAAUAGAAGGCGUGUUGUCUAUGGUCAGGGAGGAGCUACACAGUGUACCACUCUAUUACACUCUAGACAAGAUGUUUGGGAGAGUCCACUUGGAGACAAUGCCUAUGAUGGUUAUGAGGUCGGCGAUAAUGAACGCUGGAUACAAGGUGUCGUACUCUCAUGCAUCCAAGAUGUCAAUAAAAACAACUGCGCCCGCGCAGCUCAUAUGGGAUAUAGUGCGCACGUGGGAGAAAACGCAUCCUGUAAAACAGGCUAAAUUGGAAGCAGACCCGGCAGCCAAGUAUAUCCUGUCGCAAGCCAUCCAAUCGGAGGUGGAUCUCACUGAGCGGCUAGAUGCCAACCCUAUCAGCCGGAGAGACGGUCAGCUUCGGUUUCAGUUCAAUCCUGCACCGUAUUGGGGGCCUGGUUCCAGGGCUAAUGUCAAUGUGGGCGAAGAAAAGAUGUCAAAGGCGAUACGCAAUCAAAACAAACAUUCAAAUAAAUCGAAGACGAAACGUCAACACUCUCCCCAGAGUGAUGAAGAUCAACGCAAGAAAUUAAAUGUUGAAGAAACCGUUGUAUAAAUGUAAAUAAAUAAUAUAUUUUAAUAACUCUUUUAA